AUGUCUACCAUCAAAGAAGGAGCAAAGGCACUUCUCUCCCGCAGCAAGCCAAUGAAACGGUUCCCACAACCAGUCAGUCUGCCCUCUACUUUUGUCAACACUAGGGUCAUGAGAGAUCAUUUCAAGAGACAAAUGUUUGAACAACAUGAAGUCACCUCUAGGGCACUCAAGUUUAUUGCAAGAAACUCGGCCUUGCCACAGAAGGUCCGGCUCGAAGCACAGCUCCAACUUAAUGCGCUUCCUAACUACACCAGGGCCAACCAGCUGAGGGGCCGCUGUGUCGACUCGGGAAGAGGUAAGGGUGUCAUUAGAGACUUCAGACUGUGUAGGUAUCAGUUCAGAAUGCAGGCCCUUCAGGGGCUCUUGCCCGGCGUCAGGAAAGGUGUCUGGUAG